AUGAGUUCGACUCCAGUAGGGAAAAGAAUUCAUACAGAAAAAUGCAUUCUAAAAUUAGAUAUAUUAUUUUCUGUCACUAGUUUUUUGCCUGGACUUUGUGGUGCUGAUGAGGAACCACUAGGGACUUUGUAUCAUCAAGAUGUGAUCAUAAUUAAAAUUGUUUCCAAUCACUCUAACUGGAGAAAGUGGCAUUACCAAACCAUCAAUAGGUUAACUAACCAGAAGAAAGUUAACUUGACUUGGCUACGUACUGAUAAAGCAGCCCGUGUACCGCCAAUAUAA